GAAUUGGGCUUCCAUAGAAUGUAUUUUAUUUUGAAAAUCGAUGACCGGAUGUCGUGUAUUUUCGCUGACUCGACACUGGUCGUGUUUUCUCGGCACACAAAUUCAGCACCAGUAACCAAUUAAACCCCACCCAGUGAGGCUCCAGUAUGUAACCGGUGGGACGGACCGGGUCCACGCUGGAGAACCAGUAAGAGCCACCGGGAGGACCGGGAACCAGGCUGCAGAUUCUCCGACUGAGCGACCAUGUGGGAGAAGAGGUUCCUGCUGCUGCUGCACGCCGUCGAAGCUGUAGUGGCGUCUCAGUGCUGGCAGGGGGCGACCUUCUCCGAGGCGGUGGUGUCUCCGGCGGUGGAGAGCAGCGGUAUCUUUCGGGUCCCCGGCGUGGCGUCCCUGCCGCAGUGCGUGGCGGCGUGCUGCGACCUGCCGGGUUACGACCUGGCCUGGCUGUUCGAGGGCCGCUGCUACAUCCUGACCUGCCAGCAGAGGGAGAACUGCCAGCCCCGACAGAGACCCGGCGCUGACUCCGUCCUCGCCUUCCUGCGGAGGUCAUCGCCGCCGCAGACGCUGGUGCUGCAGUCUCUGGUGAGAGGAGAGCCGUACGGCGGCCGCUGGAGGCCCCUCUUGCGGUCCUCCGAGGCCCCCGGGGACCUGGAGGCCCUGAAGGACCUCGCCCUGUUCGACGGGCCCCGGCAGGACUUCUCCCACCCCGGCGUGCUGGAUGUGGAGUAUUCAGAGCGGAGCCAGGAGGAGAGGGGAGGGCCCGGCUCGGAGGCGGAGACCGACCCUCCGUCCUUGAAAGGAGGAGACGGGUUCAACCAAUCAGAGACGGAGGACGGACCAGAGGGGGGGGCGACAGGAAGCAGCGUGGCCCAGAUCAGAGCCUCGUCUGGGGGUAACGUCAGUGAGGGAGAGGAGGACAGAACCAGGAGACCGACUGAUCCCACUGCUGCAGAGGAAACUACGGACACACGAAGCAGCUCUGAUUCAACAUCUCUGAGUCAGUUGUUGACAACUGACUCCACCCAACACGACCAUAUAUGGACAGCACUUCCCACUGCUGCCACGCCCCAUCGGCCCGUCAGCACGUCCACACAGCCGGGUCGACCCGAGAACCGACCCCUGUUGAUGACCCCUGGAAACCCCGUAGAGCGGACGUUGCCCACAGUUAAACUUCAUGCUCCAGUUUCCCCUGAACCCACAACUGAUCUGUUGAAGGUUCUCCAAUCAGCAGCCAGAGCUCCACCGACCAGAACCCUGACCUCUGACCCCAGCACCAGCACCAAUCCUCCAACCAUGACCACAGCCUCUGCUACGACCACCGCACAGUCUGGUAAAUCAUCAGAGGUCAGGGGGUCAAACCGUGGCCCGGUGGCGGUCGUGGGUCCCGACAGGAAGUUGUUCCUCCCGUUGAGCAGCUUGACGCUCGACGGCAGCGGGAGCACCGACGACCACGGCAUCAUCAGCUACCGCUGGGACGCAGUCAGCGGUCCUCCGGGCUUAAAGCUGGAGGGGGUGGACCAGGCAGUUGCCACGGCAACGGGCCUUCGAUUGGGACGCUACACCUUCAGACUGACCGUCUCCGACCAGGAGGGGGCGACAGGCAGCGCCUCACUGACUGUCAGAGUGGAGGAAGCAACAAGUCUUCCUCCCGUCGCUCACGCCAGCGGCAGCCACACCCUCAGUCUGCCCAACAACUCUCUGGUCCUCCGAGGCUCCGUGACCGACGGGGACCAGACCGAGGUCCACUACCUGUGGGUCAGAGACAGCCAGAGUCCUGCUGCUGGGGACGUGCUGUAUGGCUCAGACACUCAGGCCUCCCUCUACCUGUCCAACCUGGUCGAGGGCACCUACCUGUUCCAGCUGAGGGUGACCGACGCCCAGGGGCGCUCCAGCACCGCCGCGGCCACCGUGGAGGUCCGACCAGAGCCCGGCGGCGGGGAGGAGGUGGAGCUGGAGAUGUUGGUGUCAGUCUCUCAGGUCAGUGUGGCUCAGAGGGACACGGUGGUCCGACAGCUCGCCGCUCUGCUCCACGUCCUCGACAGCGACGUCCAGGUCCGAGCACUGCAGGGACACUCACACCUAAGCACGGUGUUGCGGUUCUCGGUGCGUGGCCCCUCGGGGCCGAUCUCGGGCUCCAGGCUGGUUGGUCUGCUGAGAAACCAGCUGCUCAGAGAGAAGAGCGACUACCUGCUGUUCAGAGUCCUGAGAGUCGACACAGUCUUGUGCUUGCUUCGCUGUUCGGGGCGUGGCCAGUGUGAUCCAAUCACCAAGGAGUGCACAUGCGACCCCUUCUGGACGGAGAACCUGAUUCGGCGUUACCUUGGCGACGGAGAGAGCAACUGUGAGUGGAGGGUGCUGUACGUCAUCCUGACCAGCUUCAUGCUCAUGGUCUUCAUCCUGUCGGUCGGCUGGACCUUCAUCUGCUGCUGCAAGAGGAGGAGGCAGACCAAAGUGAGGAAGAAAACCAAAUACACCAUCCUGGACAACAUGGACGAACAGGAGAGGGUGGAGCUCCGACCCAAAUUCAGUAUCAAACACCGCAGCACGGAGCACAACUCCAGCCUCAUGAUGUCCGAGUCAGAACUGGACAGCGACCAGGACACCAUCUUCAGCCGGGACCGACCCGUCCGCAGCAGGAACCGGCUCAGCAGCCAGGCCGCCCGCAACGGCAACGCCUUCGGCUGACGGGACGGAGAGAUUUAACUCCCUAACGAUCAAAGGACUUCAUUACCCAGAAAUCCUGUGCCGUGAGUUGAACCAGUGUCACAUUCCAGGGUCAAACUCCUUCGAAGGACUUGAGGAGACACAGGAAACAUUCAAAUUUGGGCAAAAACAUAUUUUUAAUAUGACAACCUUGAUGACGCGUGUUGACAUUCAUGGUUGAACAGAAGAAUUUUGGGAAAUCGUCUUCCCCACAGCAAGACGAGAAGAUGGAGAGUUUCAUCCAGGAUGGGGUUAGCCUAGCUUAGCACAAAGACUGGAAGCAGGUGGAAACCGCUAGCGUAGCUCAAAUCCACCUUCCAACAACGUUAACAUUUACAUGUUGUAACGUCUUAGUUAACAAGCUAAUCACCAAUCCAUCCAACUUAGCUAAUGCUAACUGGACCCAACUAUGGAGCCAGUUUAAUUUAUUGCUAUAUCUCAAACUUAAAACUGAUCACUUCUGCUGAAAUGUGCUUGUUAAAGACAAAAAAACCCUCCAGAAACCUCAUUACCUACAGGAAGGCCUUAGUGUCCAGUCAACAGUGUGUUUAGCUUAGCUUAGCACAAAGACUGGAAACUGCUAGCAUGUCAAAGAAAAUUUCCAACUUUCAAAAGCUGCAAAUCUGUCUGAUUGACGAGCUAACAACCUAGUCACCAGUGUAUCCAAGAUUAGUUUUGUUGGUCAUGACCUAGAAGCUAACUUUAAGCGAGCUAACCAAACUAGGAUAAAAAGCUAACAAAGCUAAAUAGACAAAAAAAAGCCCCAAAUCCACGAUUAUAAGACCGAGCCUAAAUAUCCUGUUUGAUUGUUAUUCAAUCAAUAACAAGUGUGAAUAUAGAAAUGUAAAAAGGAGACAUUCUGGUGUUAGCAGCAGUUAGCAGUGGAGCUAUUUGUCAACAAACGCUAGCUUUCUAUUGGAUGGACCAACAACUAGUUUGUUGGGUAACAAAAUACAACAUGUAAAUCAGUCAUUGAAUAGUUCUUGUUUAGUAACAAAUCAACUGAUAAAAGGGUACAGAGCUCCUUAAUUCCCCCAAAAAGUCGAUAUUUUUAAUAUUGUGAGCCCCAAAGUUAUUAAUUUGUAUUUAUUAGCCAUUAAAAAAAGAAUCUCAAUGUUUAUUAUUACAAUUUCAUCUUUAAUUUUCAAUUAAUAUCUAUAGUCAGAAAUACAAAACUUUUUUUUUUACAACUACCUACAACAUAUUACAAUUAAGACCAAUUUCACUUCACACAAUCUGUACAAACCUGAAGAACAGAGACAACAGUGGAUGAUGGGAAUAUAUCAUAUCUUUAUAUCAGCAAAGCUGCAGCUUAAAUUUAGAAAAUGUUACUUUAUUAGAGCUCUGUAGGAAGUUUAACUGGACAUAAAGCACAUACAGUUAAUUAGGUACACCUGUACAGUCUAAUGCACUCCGCUGUAACUGUUUCUAAUAUUCUGACCCUCUUAUGUUUGUACAUGAGCUCAAACGCCUCAGUCAGUGCACCUUUUAAAUAAACAUGAUCAGACCUACGGAGCGAUCCCGAAAACUCGACAAUUGGAGUCAUGAAAACCCCCGAAUUGACUCAUUUUCUAUCGCUGCACUUUUGUUUUUUAGCUGCGUCUGUGCGUGUACACAGAGCCGAGUCUCACAAUGACCAUCAAUCGUGAAACUAACUGACGGAAGCAGAGAAAGUUAACAAAGGGCAGCCGGACGCCGGACAGAGGCUGCUCCAACUGUGCCAUCAGCGGCCCGGCAGGAGAGGCGCUCAGCGGACGAACACUUUUACUCUCUCUGACUGAUGGUUUCACAUCACAGAUGACACAGAAAGACAUUAAAACAAGUCAAAGUGUCUUGGACUCACCAAAUAUUCUACUUCAGUAGAGUCCAGCAAUGUAUGCUUCUGUUUCCUCCUUCGAAUCACAACUAUUGAUGAAGUGCUUGAUCAGAAAAGCGGUAUUUAUUAAAUCCAUUUGGAACAAUCAUUUACACUCGCUGCCCGGUAACCAAUCAAUGGAUUCAAUGGCCGCAUUUCCACCCCGGGAACUGCUGAUGUACGAGUUCAGUCAAAUCUUUGCUUUAAAUGGCCAAAUCUGAGUCGGGACAGCCCAAUAACUCUGUGACAAACAUGUAACUUUAUAUUAUAUACUGAACAUUAUUAAUCUUGUAAAAGAAUCUGUGAAAGAGUUUUGUUAAUAGAUGAUGUAGGUGUACCUAAUAAAAUGCCCACUUAUAACCUUGAACUGCAUCAUUUAAAGUCCAGGUGAAACAGAAAUUAAUGUAUUUCCUGUAAAAACUAAGGAAAGCAGUACUGUGUUUCAGUAUUCUCUCCAUAAAAUAUGAUCCAGUUUCACCCAAAUCACUGAUAAAGUAGUGUGUUUGUACAGUAAUCAGUGAGCUCCGCUAGCUAGCCAACUAAUGAAUCAGAAAUUAUUAAUAAAUUAUUAAGACAAAAUUAUUGGAUUUUAAUGUAAAAAUACAAAGAAAUUGAGUUUUUGGGAAUGUUUUUGUCAAACAUUGUUAAACAGGGGAGCAAUAUAACUGAGGAUGUGAUCUUAAAGAUUUAAUUUCACCUGAACUUUAAAGGGUUUCUGUCCUCUCUGGUCUCGGAGUACACCUGUACCUCACUGCAGCGAGACUUUAAACCACCGGAGGUCAGCAAAGACAAGGAUUUCAGGGUCUGUUCAGUUACUCUUUAAUAAGUAAACAUAGAUUAGAAAUAAUAAUUAAUUACAUGGCACUUAUGACAACUAUAAUUUUUACUUUCAGGCUCAGAAAAAAAAGCAAAUUACACAAUAACGAGGUAUUUAUUAAACUACUAUUCUAGAAUAAUUAAUGACAUUUGAUCUCUAUACAGGAAUAUUCUGACAUUUAUUUAUUCCGAUAACAUUAGGUUGUUGGCUACAUGCAUACUAUUCAACAUCAGACCAUUCAUUCAACAUUUAUAUUUAUUUAUGUUUUAGCAAUACUGAUGUCUGACAGAUGUUAUUGAAAUGUUUCAUACUGAAGCUGUUAAGUGUUGUAUAAAUGGCACAUUAAUUAUCUAUAGAGCCAAUCUGAACAUGUGUUCAAUAUGACAGCAUAUAUUUAUGUUAUAAUCAUAGAAAAAUACAGUUUUUACAUCAACAGACCAACUACAGGACACAAUGAUGUUCAAUACAAAUACUUAUCUUACAAAAAAUUUACCAAAAAGGUUUUUUUUGUGCGUUUUAAUUUAUUUUAUCACAGUAAAUUUUCCCUUCUCUACCGAGUUUCCGGCUUUUCUCCUGUUUUAAACGAGGAUCUAUGUGCUGCUGUAGGAAGUUCACAUGUAGGAAACCGUUGCAGUUUAUAUUGUUUUUUAGCACUGGAACGUCCGCUGUGUGGGAGACGGCCCCGCAUGAUGCUAUAUCAGAGUUUAAGGUAACAUUAGCACGUCUGUCCUGGUCUUGACGGGAUUUGGGGAAAUUCAUCGGAGAGGAUUUUGCCUGACUCGUCAUGUUUUCUCUGUAAAAAAUAUUGUUUGAAAAUGUGAAUAAAGCAUAAAUCGAC